AUGUACGUUAUAAGUUCGGUAGAAGAUGUUAGUGUAUUUGACAAACACGUAUUUGUAAAUUAUUUGGUAGUUUGCGAUGUUUUAAUUAUAGCUAUAGGUGUAGACGUUAACACUGAGGGUCCUGAAGGUUACGAGCGUAUAGUGCGCUCUCGUUAUGCACAUAACCACGCUCCCCCGAAUGUUCGUCGAUUUGCAGAUGGAAGAUACGUGGUUCGCACCCCACAUCAAAGCGGUCACCGCGCCCCAGCUCCCUUAGAUCCCCAUCACCAGUUACUUCAAUUGCAACACGCUCUAGCUCUAUAUGCGGCCACCGCUCACGCAACAGCUACAGCGAAUGCCUCGGCCGCCGUAACGGCCGCUACAGGAACUGGUCCUCAACAAUCUCCCAAUGCGAUCCAACCUCCCGCCCAGCACACCCCUGCUGCUAAACCGCUGUUGGUUGAUACUCCUUGCAAUGAGGAAGAU